AGAGGAAGUUCGCGUGGAACGGAGGCGUAACAUCACUCACUGAAUGACUGCAUGCUGUGGGGAUGGAGAGGAAGUAAUUUGCGCUCAAGACAACAGAACAAAUACUUUAUGAUAUCUGUAUUUACUUUAUUGAUAAAUACAUCCGAAACACCUUGGUUCAAGGGUUUCUCUUGCUGUCAUAAACUGUGAGCUCGACGGCCAUUUAAAUGGAACGGAGCGAGUCGUGUCUCUGAGUUCAGUCCAUCAGGAUAACCUAUCAGGACGCAAGGAAACGCACGGGCAACAAAGUGUAACAUCGGUAGUACUCCAGAGUUCUAAAGGCGCCAGAACCUAUCGUCUGGGGAUCAGCGCACCAGAGGGGGGACCCGGAAAGACGCAGAACGCCACAGAACACCUCGGAACCCCGUGUUAGUGUGUGGAACCCCUUGGCCUGGCCCUGUGUCCUGGAGGAGGCAGCUGUGGGACAGACUGGCUCGUCACGUGGCACUGCUCUGCCUGACCCCCUACCCAGGCCUCACCCCUCAGAGGGCCCACUCAGUCUGCCUGGUGGGGAGAGGAGCAGGCCAUCAACCUCAGUGGGAAGGAGGAGCAGUGCUCAGAGUUUUCUUAAGCUGUGUUUUUUCAGGAUACCUGGACAGUGGAUGUGAUUUAGACUAUGAGUUUUGCAGUGAGACUGGAGUGAGAAUGUAGAAGAUCACCUUGUUUUACCUCUGAAGAACCACAGGACAUAUGAUCUGAAGUGACCUGCAGGCUGGAAAACAACUGAUAACACCUGGCCUUUGGACUAGAGAAGGGCCUCUGAGACAGUGCUGUUGUUGUGUGGACACUAGACAGCUAGUCCUCUUAACAGAAUCAGGGCUGUUCUGUCACACUGAUAUAGGAGGACUACAACUCAACAGAAGACAACACAUUCAACCAAACUCCUCUGGAGACUGGAGCCCUAUCUUUCUCUUGAAUGUUCUCCCCUGUCUCCUCAGUGGCAGCCAGUGCUAUUUGAUUUAACGUAUCCAGUUAACGAGUCCAGUUGGCUCCUCAUUUCACGCACCUUGGUAGUUCCAAGUCAACUAGUUCCUCAUCACCAUGGUGAUGUCCCAGGGCACAUACACCUUCCUGGCCUGCUUCGCUGGGUUCUGGUUGGUGUGGGCUCUCAUUGUUAUGCUGUGCUGCUUCUGUAGCUUUGUCCAGCGGCGUCUGAAGAGGAGGAGGGAGGAGAGGCUGAGGGAGCAGUGUCUAAGGGCCCUGGAGAUGGAGUCACUGGAGUGCCUGGGCACGGCGGGGUUGGCUGGGUACCCCCCCCCCAGAGAGCCCCUCCAGUUCUGCCUCCCGCUGACCCUCUCCCCACCGCUGCACGUUCCCCGAUCCCUCCCCCAGGGCAGCUGGGCCUCCCCACAAGAGACGGACGUGUUUGGGAAGCCCCCCUGCUACGAGGAGGCUGUUCUGAUGGAGGACCCCCCUCCCCCUUACUGUGAGGUGCUGGCUGACAGCCGGGGGGGUACCUACACCAAGCCCACCUCCAGGAUGGAGCAGCAGGAGCCUGAGACCUCCAAGACUCCCCCUGUCACGGUGUUCUCUGAGCGGGGCUACUCCUCCUUGAUCCGCCUGCCCACCGCCCGACGCUGGGACUCCCUGGGUCACCUGUUCUCCACAAUGGACCUCAACCACAACACUCUCCCCACGGAGCCCAUCUCUCUGCAGGCCCAGGCCACCGCCACCAUGCCCCGCGAGGGCCGGACUCACACACACCCAGAGCUGGGGCUGAGAAGUAUCCAUGGGCUCCAGGGGCUCAGGGGGCUAGAGCAGAGCUGUGGCUUGCCCACAGCCUUCCCUCUGCUGGGUCGCAGCACGGCCGUGUAGGCCAGAAUAACCCUCCUGGAGGUUGGGGUGAGGCUGGAGCUAAGGACACUGGGUUGAGGUGGACAGGCGUUGGGUUGGGUUUGAGGAGUUGCAUCUGGGUUGUAGAGUUGGACUGAUGAUGAAGGGGGUAGAGGAGAAACAUACUCCCAGCAGCCAGAGGUGUUGCCAGAGUGAGAUGAGUACACCCUUUCUAAAGAUGGUCUCGCUUCCCAGCCUUCCUCUCAUCCUCCCUCCAUUAUGUCUCUUUCUCUCCCUCCAUCUCUUUCUCUCUAUCUCUUUAGUUGUGUUGAUCUCUCUAUUCUCUGCAGUGAUGCAGAGCAGCUAUUAUAUGAAUCUGCUGUUGCCAUGGCUCCCUGGAACUGUCUGUUGCCCAUGAUGCCUCUGCCCCCUAGCGACCUCUCCUCCUCUCAUCGCAGAAUUUCUAAAGACAUUUUCAUAGCCUUUCUUUGUAAAACUGCAGGUUGAAAGAGGGGAAAUCUUCAAUGACCUGCAGUAGCUCUGUGUUGCUGUUUCUCCUGUUGUAUAGUAUGUACAGUGAAGGACCAAGAAAGACAUGUUUGGACAUUCAGCCCGAGUAACUAUCACCAUGCUCGGAGCAUUGCAAUGUGCAAUGGAAACUCUGUUUUGUAUUGAAAAAGCUCUUCUUCAGCAUUACUGUCAUAUCUUCAAGAUGUUCUGAAGGGGACUAUGAAUAUCAAUUUGAUAACCCCCAGCUGGGGAUUGUUGCUCCUCAGUGUACAGCGACUGCGUGUGUGCAUGUGCGUGAGCAUGCGUGUGUGUGUGUGUGUGUGUGUGUGAGCAAGUGUAUGGUUGCAUAUGUGGUCUAGCUCCUAAAUCAUUAGUCCAAUCAAGUACAAAGGAAGACAGCAGUCUUUUCUAAGCAUGAAUAAGUUCUCACUAUCUGAAGAAUUGAAACCCUUGUAUAAAUAAUUAAUAAUGUUAAUCAUAAGAUUUCCCCGCUCUCGCUCGCUCUCUUUCUACCUUCUCUCUCUGGGUUGUAAAUUACUUCCUAAUGGUCACUAUCUGUCCAUGAGGGAAGAGUUUAAUCAAGAUUGUGAUUGUGAAUCCAUUUCUCUCUUUCUCUCCCUCCCUCAUUAUCCCUCUCUCCAUCUCAAGCUACUCAUCAGGCUAGAUGUGACAGACGCUCUCCUUCACAUUGCCAUGGGGGUGCUACAGUACAUACAGCAGACACCAUCACAGCAAAUGUUAUCUGUCAUGGUAGUGUAACCGGUGUGAAAUGGCUAGCUAG